UGCUAAGUUCUCUUAGCAAAUUAAUUCACUAAGUUUCAACUAUACCUAGCUGGCUAGAUACUCUUCUUCCACUUCUCAUCAAGCACACAAAAGGUGACAAAAGUUUUUGCACAUUAACUAGACAUAUAUAUGGGCGCUUCAAAUACUCUACUCCCAGUAUUUGUUGUAGUCCUGCAUUUUGCUUUGUGCUGCUUCUUUGCCCUUCCUCAGGUUGCCAAUGCUGGCAUUACCAGGCACUAUAAGUUUGAAAUUGUAUCCAUCAAUGUCACCCGAUUGUGUCGCACCAAGAGUAUGGUGACGGUGAACGGCCAGUUCCCGGGGCCUCCCGUGGUCGCGAGAGAAGGUGACCAUCUUCUAGUGGAGGUGGUCAAUCAUGUUUCUAGCAAUGUCACUAUCCAUUGGCAUGGAGUUCGACAGCUUCGGAAUGGAUGGGCAGAUGGGCCAUCAUACAUCACUCAAUGCCCUAUUCAGACAAACAGUACUUAUGUGUACAACUUCACUAUUACAGGACAAAGGGGAACUCUCUUAUGGCAUGCUCACUUCCAAUGGAUUAGAGCUACUGUCUAUGGACCACUUAUCAUCCUCCCUCAGCUUAAUGAUUCUUACCCAUUUCCCAAACCCUGGAAGGAAGUCACCAUCUUGCUUGGAGAGUGGUAUAACACGGAUCCUGAGGCAAUCAUUAACCAGGCUUUACAGACUGGAGCUGCCCCUAAUGUCUCUGAUGCCUACACCAUUAAUGGACUUCCAGGCCCAUUGUACAAUUGCUCAGCAAAAGAUACGUACAGGUUAAAAGUAAUGCCAGAAAAGACAUAUCUUCUGAGAGUGAUCAAUGCUGCACUGGAUGAUGACCUCUUUUUCACCAUAGCAAAUCACAGUUUCACUGUGGUUGAGGCUGAUGCAAAUUAUGUGAAGCCUUUUGAAACUGAGCUUUUGUUGAUUUCACCAGGACAGACCACAAAUGUUCUCCUAAAAACCAAACCCAUUGCCCCUAGUGCCAAAUUCUUUAUAUUGGCCAGACCAUAUUCCACGUCUCUAGGUCCAAUUGAUAACACAACCGUUGCUGGGAUUCUUGAAUAUAAAACUUGUUCACAUUCCUCCAAAUCCAAAAGACUUCCAGUCAUUAGACCACCUCUGCCUCCUAUUAAUGCUACCAAUGUUGCAGCCAAUUAUUCUAGCAGACUUCGGAGGCUGGUUAAUGCUCAAUUCCCAGUUAAUGUGCCUCAAAAAGUUGACAAGAAUUUUUACUUCACAGUAGGUCUAGGAACUACCCCCUGCCCCCAAAAUCAGACCUGUCAAGGACCUAAUGGCACGAAAUUUGCAGCUUCUGUUAACAACAAUUCCUUUGUUUUUCCUUCAAAAGCAAUUCUCCAAUCCUACUAUUUUAAAAAAUCUAAUGGGGUUUACGCUACAAAUUUUCCAACAUUUCCUCCUAAACCAUUCAACUACACUGGGACACCACCAAAUGUUACUUUUGUUACCCAAGGAACCAAAGUUGCAGUGCUUCCAUUCAAUGCUAGUGUGGAGUUAGUCUUGCAGGACACUAGCAUUCUGGGUAUUGAAAGUCACCCUCUGCAUCUCCAUGGCUACAAUUUCUAUAUUGUUGGUCAAGGAUUUGGAAAUUUUGAUCCCAAGAAUGAUCCCAAAAAUUAUAACCUUGUUGAUCCUGUUGAACUCAAUACUGCUGGUGUGGCCUCUGGUGGGUGGUUGGCAAUUCGUUUUUUUGCCGAUAAUCCAGGAGUAUGGUUUAUGCACUGUCACUUUGAUGUCCAUCUGAGCUGGGGCUUGACUAUGGCAUGGAUCGUCCUUGAUGGAAAACUUCCCAAUCAGCAGAUGCUUCCUCCACCGUCUGAUCUUCCCAAGUGUUGACCAAUAAUGAGUUCCAAUGCCUACUUAAUUAACUUAUAAUGUUGUCUUUAAUUGGAUUUUGUUUAUCCAACCUUUGUGUUGGACCCCAAUCGUUUGUUUCCUUUCCUUUGGCAUUGUUGUUCGGCUUGCCCUUACCCUCAAUUUUACCAUAUUAGACAGUCAACUGAACAAAAAUGGGACCAAAAG